ACCACUGCCUGUAGUCCGUCACUCGUCAGUUUGUCGCUCGUCGGCCGUCGCGCGCGUACGGCUUUAUUUAAUUUAACAAUUUUUUAGUGUUUACUUUUUCAAUAACAUUUUUACGAUUGUACUCGAUCGACCGGAGACGAGACAGCCGCAGACAUCGCCAUGAUCGGCGGUCUGUUCAUGUACAACCACAAGGGCGAAGUGCUGAUAUCGCGGGUGUACCGCGAUGACAUCGGCCGCAACGCCGUGGACGCGUUCCGCGUGAACGUCAUACACGCGCGCCAGCAGGUCCGCUCGCCGGUCACCAACAUCGCGCGCACUUCGUUCUUUCACAUCCGCCGGGCCAACAUUUGGCUGGCCGCCGUCACCAAGCAAAACGUCAACGGUGCCAUGGUAUUCGAGUUUCUCAUACGGUUCACGCAAGUCAUGCAGUCGUACUUCGGCAAGAUCAACGAGGAGAACAUCAAAAACAACUUCGUGCUCAUCUACGAGCUACUCGACGAGAUACUCGACUUUGGGUAUCCGCAGAACUGCGACACGGGCGUACUCAAGACGUUCAUCACGCAGAUGGGCGUCAAGUCGCAGAGCAAGGAGGAGCAGAUGCAGAUCACGUCCCAGGUCACCGGCCAGAUCGGCUGGCGUCGCGAAGGCAUAAAGUAUCGCCGCAACGAGCUGUUCCUCGACGUGCUGGAGUACGUCAACUUGCUCAUGUCGCCCCAGGGACAGGUGUUGUCUGCACACGUCGCCGGUCGCAUUCUCAUGAAGUCCUACCUGAGCGGCAUGCCCGAAUGCAAGUUUGGCAUCAACGACAAGAUUGUUAUGGAAUCCAAGGGCACUAAGAUCCUUGACGACUCGGGCUCGAGGACGGCUUCUGGCAAGCCGGUUGUCGUGAUUGACGAUUGUCAAUUUCAUCAGUGCGUAAAACUUUCAAAAUUUGAAACCGAACAUUCCAUAAGCUUCAUUCCUCCCGAUGGUGAAUUUGAAUUGAUGCGUUACCGUACUACCAAAGAUAUAUCAUUGCCAUUUAGGGUUAUACCGUUAGUGAGAGAAGUAGGCCGUACUCGCAUGGAAGUUAAAGCCGUAUUGAAGUCUAAUUUCAAACCCUCCUUGUUAGGACAAAAAAUUGAAGUAAAGAUUCCUACUCCAUUGAACACAGCUGGUGUUCAAUUGCUAUGUCUUAAAGGAAAAGCCAAAUACAAGGCUUCAGAUAAUGCAAUCGUGUGGAAAAUUAAAAGAAUGGCAGGUAUGAAAGAAACGCAAUUAUCGGCUGAAAUUGAUCUUUUAGAGACUGACACUAAGAAAAAAUGGACUAGACCACCAAUUUCAAUGAAUUUUGAGGUACCUUUUGCUCCUUCUGGUUUCAAAGUUAGAUAUUUAAAAGUAUUUGAGCCAAAGUUGAACUAUUCUGAUCACGAUGUUGUUAAAUGGGUUCGUUAUAUUGGGCGAAGUGGAUUAUAUGAAACUAGAUGUUAAACAAAUAAAACUGCUAUACUUAAUUUAAUCAUUCACCCUAUAUUCUGUUCCAAAAAUGUUUACAUGUUUAUUAAUAUAAAAUAUAAUAUUUAUUGUAUCAUAUUAGGUAUCAUAUUUUUAAUUUAUAAUCCAUUCAGUAUAUAUUAUAUGAUUAAAUACAUGAAUUUUUGUUAUUUAGGCUAGUCAUUUAUGUGAAUUAUAAUUUGUAAGUAAUAUUUACAUUUAAAAAUUUUAAAAUAUUGGCCAAUAUGAUUUUUAUUAUUACUAUUAUUACGUAUAGUUAAUUUAUAAUUUUAUAUUAUUUUUUUUUCUACUUUUUUUGAUCUGCAUUAUAUUUUUUCAGGUACCUAUUUAUUAUUUGUAACACUGAAUUUUAGAGAUAAGUUUAAAUGCAUAGGUAUAAUUUAGAUGAAUAUAAAUUACAGUAGUCACUUGAUAAUAUGAAAUUCGGGGAAUCGAAUUAAAAAUUUGGUUUAUAGAGGUUUUCGAUUUACUGAGUGUUUGAAUAAUCGAGGGAAAAAAAUUAAUUUGAAUUAAAGAGAGGUAAGAAAUUGUAUGUAUGUAUGUAUGUAUUACAUUUAUUUACUAUACGUAAAAUUAUAUUUUACAUUUAUUAAUUGAAAUUUAUUUAUUAUAUUAUUAUAAUUUACCUGCAUAUUAAAGAAAUCUGUUAAUUUUUUUUUUUUGUGAUAAAUCACUGGCCACAAUAGGCCAAUUGGAGAGGUUUAUUUUGGUAAAAUGAUACAAUUAAGGUUUAGAUUAGGUAGGUGAAGUAUGAUAAUAUUUAACCACCGUUGUUAUUAGUUUCAUUGUCAGUAUGUCAAGUAGAUAGUGCAUAAUUUUUAUACAUAUGAACUUACAUACUAUAAUCACGUUUAGGGAAAUUCAAAUUAUAGAGGUUCGUGGAAAAAAAUUUGAAUUGUAGAGUGUGUCUCAUCAACAGAUAUUUCAAAUUAUCAAGGGGACCGAAAUAUAUGUAUACUAUUUUCUUCUAAUUACAGAGGUUUUCUCGCGGGACUUAGCGUUUUGUUUGAUUUAUGGAGUUUUUCGAAUUAUUGAGUGACUACUGUAAUAAAAUAAUUUAAAUGUAACAGACAACAGUUGAUUCAUUAUUAUAACGUAAUAAUAUUGCCAUACUGGCGUAUAAUACUAUAAUAUAAAUAUAAAUAAAUAAAUAUUGAUUUUAUUCAGGUAAAUAUAAUAUGUUUUUUUGUGAUCUAUUAUAAUAUAAUAUUAUACAAUUAAUAAAUUUUGUGUUAUUAUUG